AUGUCGCAAAGUACCAAUGGGCCAUCAACUGAAUCGGCGAUUUCUUUUUUCAAGAAUCUAUCACCAAAGGUGAUACGAGACAAGCCGUUACCAGGCCAAACAUCGGCGUCUUCGGAGAUCAUAGCCAUUUCAAUCAACUUGUGCGGCACACGGCUAGUCGCGUCGAGAACAGACAAAUCGUUGCGAAUGUGGAAACUAGUUGACGAUAGAGUGGUUGACCCAGCGAUAAUCGAGGAUGCACAUUCAAGAGCAGUGGAGAGUAUAUCCUGGGAUCCCAACGCGGAAUUCACAUUUGCCACCGUUGGCAGAGACGAGUACAUUCGAGUAUGGCAGGCUUCCACGGGGAAACCCGAGAACAUGAUCAAGACGAGCUCGACGAAUUUGAAGUUGGUGCGAUAUUCCGCUGAUGGAGAACUACUAGUCGCCAUUGACCGCGACUCAAACGUGUUUGUCUAUGCCCCGAAUCAAAAUUUCAAAUUGAUGGCGGAGUUUAAGCUCAGCGAACACGCGUACGACUUGAAAUGGUUCCAUUACGAACACGAGUUUUUCGUCAUUGGCUUGCACGACGGCUCCUUGCCCGUGUACCAAGUGGUCACAUUGCCCAAUGGGGAAGUGGAAAUAAAAACCAAGACGACGCUUUUGGGGCACAGAUCCUCGGCAACCUCGAUUGCCAUCUCGCCAAGAGGCGACUACUUUGCGGUUGGCGCGAGCGAAGGUAUCAUUAGCCUUUGGGACUGUUCCAAGAUGAUAAACCUGGGUGUGAUUGCAGACGUGGACGAGGUAGUCGCCUCGUUGGACUGCAAUCACGACGGUUCGUACGUGGCCGCGUCCUUCGAUAAGGACUCAAAUGCUAUCAUCUAUGACAAAGCUAGUGGGCAGAAGGUCUUUGAGAUUCAAAAUAGCGUAAGCGGGAACAUGACUUUUAGCAGCAUAUGCUGGUUUCCAAACAAAAACGCCUUGGCCUAUAGCAGCGAUUUCGGACUCACAUUUACUGUGAUGUUGCCAAUUUCAAAAAUCGAGACCAAACGUGCUGCUCCCACAAAGGGUCCCAUGAGAAGAAACUAA